GUACACAAAUACUUGAAGCUUCUAUACAACCACAGUAAAAGCAAGGGAGAUAACCUCUAGCACAUGCACAUGUAUACCUAUAUUAAAGUAUGCUGUUUGAUAAUUAGAGCAAUGGCUAGUACAUUGAAUAAUGAGUUUGUAGACAAAGUACCGGAAGAUCAUCAGUGCACUAUUUGCACUAACAUUCUAACAGACCCAGUACUGACCGAAUGUUGUGGACAAUUUUUUGUGAUGGCUGUCUAAAAAAUUGGCAAAGUGUCCCUCCUUUGAAGCUGGGUGUACAGAAACGAUUCCUAGAAAAGAUCUGGCAGCACAUAAAGCAUCAAACACAGAGCACCACCUGGAGCUAAUGAUGACAGAGACUGUUGUGCGCAGAAGGCUAACAAAUUUGAGCAAAAAGCAAACAAAUUUGAGCAAGAGACAGAAGGUGAAAAAAAAGCAAUAAAACUCGAGGCUAAGUCUAUACCAAAGAUCAACUACAGCAACUUUCACGCAAGUUUGAUGGCCUAGCUAGUAUCUUGUGUAACUAAGCAACUAGGCACCAUCGAUUCUAACACUCGAAAUACACGAGCAUGCAGCUAUCAAGAACAUCAAAAGCUCUCUAGAGACAAUGACUAGCACCAGGUAACACACGAUACUACCUAUACCACUAGUUAAAUAGUCAGAGUAUAAAGCUCAAUCAGCUUUGUUCUACAUCAAGCCUGGCUAUAAAAUGUAUGUGGACCUAGAUAGUCAUGAUAAUUGCACGAUAUACUUGGAGAAAGGUGAACACGAUCACCAACUAAAGUGGCCUAUGAAAAUUGAACUCAGCAAUGCAGAGAAUAAUACCCUGUGUAUAUAAUCUGCAUGCACCAGAUGUGGCAACCUACAAUACAAAUAGGAGGGGUUCUAAACGAUUUUUUAUUCCUUACAAUAAAAAACCAUUUACAUACAUGUAUUGUAAAUGAAUUUGAGGCUUUCUGACAGACACAAUUAUGCUGCACUACUAUAUUACACUGAUUUUGUAUUAGUAUAGGUGAUAUAUUUUCACAGAUAGAUUUGUCUGCGAUGUCAUGCACUGUUAAGCUCAUUUGCUGGCAUAAUUCUGUAAACUAUGCUCAAGUUGUGAAAUUAAUGUUUUCAUAUAGAAGCUGUUAGUUUUUGUCGCAUUGCAACCGUUUAGCAUGCAGUUAUAUACAGCUGCAUGGAACAGACACACACACAGUCAGCAUCCUAGCUCCGUAUAUAUCCCUCGUGCGGCUACGCCUCAGGGCAGAAUAAUAAUAACUGCACACAUGACUCGCUAAACAACACCAUAUGAGAACAUAACGGUACUCACUUAACCAAAUAAGACACAGUCUCACUAUUUGCUGUUGCUAUAAUAGGUCCUUUAAAAGGUUAGAGUUAAUUACUACAGUUUAAGACAUCACAUGCAUGACUGCAUGGCCAUAUGGUACCAUUGUCAUGGACACAAUCUCAACUCAUAAUCACAUGUUAGUGCACAUGCACGCACUGAUCUUUUACAUCAAAUAUUCCACGAGGCCACGUAUACCUAUAAAAGCCUAAAGGUAAAGAACCUUUACUACAUGCAUGACUAUAACCUAUAGCAUAAAGAAGAUACAGAAUUAUUCUUUGAGCAAUGGCUAGUUCAGUUAGUAUAAUAGAUAUAGUACCGGAAGAUCAUUACUGCACUCUUUGCACACAUAUUCUAACAAACCCAGUACUGAUUGAGUGUUGUGGGAAACUCUUUUGUGAGGGCUGUUUAACAGAUUGGCUAAUAUUACAGAGACAGAAGAAAUGCCCACAUUGCCAAGAAGUCAACUUCAAGUUUAUUAAAGAUAAACGAAUGAAACGAGUCAUCGAUAACUGGAAGAUCUACUGUCCUAAUCGCUCCAAGGGUUGUGAAAAAAUCACCACACAGGGUGAAUGCAAUCGACAUAUUGAGAAAUGCUUGUUUGUAGUGGUAUCAUGCACUAAGAAAUGUGGAGAAAAAAUGCUUAGAAAAGACCUUCAAGAUAACGAGGAAAACAAGUGCCCAAAUCGCCGGGUACCAUGUCAGUAUUGCAACAGAGAUGUGAUGCACAAAGAAAUAACAGCUAAAAGUCACUUAGACAAAUGUCUGCUUUUUCCUAUUUCUUGCCCCAACAAUUGUGAACAUGAGCAAAUGCAGCGCAAAAACUUAGCACGCCACCAAAAGGUGUGCCCUCUUGAGCCUGUAAAGUGUCUCUUCUUUGAAGCUGGGUGCACAAAAACAAUUUUACGAAAGAAUUUGGCAGCACAUAAAGCAUCAAACAAAGAUCGCCACCUGGAGCUAGUGAUGACAGAAACUGCUCGGUCUAAACUUAAGGCUAAGAAAUACGAAAUGAAGUUAGAGCAACUCACAUUCAAAUUUGAUGCUCUAGCAUCUUGUGUAACUAAGCAACUAGGUACUAUCGAUUCUGACCCUCGAACACAAGAAGCUAUUAAAAACAUCAAAAGCUCUCUAGUGACAAUGACCACAAUGCUAGCACCAGGUGAUACACGAUACUACCUACCACUAUUUAAAGAGUCAGAGGAAGUACCUGAAAUAGCUCGAUCAGCUUCGUUCUACAUCAAGCCUGGCUAUAAAAUGUAUGUGCAAAGUAUCAAUACCACGAAAUGCUGGAUAUACUUAGAGAAAAGUGAACACGAUUAUCAAAUAAAGUGGCCUAUGCCUGAAUUGGAAAUUGUACUCAGCACUACAGAGAAUAAAACGUUGUAUAAAGAAACAAUCUGCAUCAGAUGUGGCCACACAGUGAACCAAAUAGAGGGAGACAAAAUAUUAAGAAGAGAUAUCACCAACCCAGAACCUGGUGAAAGUUUUGUUAUUAGAGAGGAUCCAAGAGACUUUGUAUUCCUGACAAUACAGAAGCACAUUUGUAAGCUAUAUAGUGUUACAAGUCGGAGUGGCGCGAGACUUUUCAAUUGACAUAAUUAUUAUGUAUGCAUUAUUUUACCACAACCCUGAUUUUGUGUUAGUAUAAUUAUGCUACGAAUGAUUACCAGAACCUUGA